GUCUGUGAGCGGUUCGAGUACUGUCCUUCUGCAGCUCCCACCCUUGGGGUUGGUGACACAUACAAAACAAUCGAAUCCCCACCGACUCCAGCUCGUAUCUCACUGAUUCCGCAACUUGUCUGGCUCAGGCAUCGCCCGCCAUGGAUACGCUGCUGACCGCUAAGAUCGCAGCCAGCGCGCCGCGAUAUCGACGCAAGAGCUCGACUUUUAUUGACGGUAUCCAUGAUGUUCCCGAUGAUCAGGGCAACUUGGCGCCGGCACAGCUGUACAGCACUAUGUCUGGCAGACUGUUCCACUCAGGGCGGAUCGCUAUCGUCAUGGUCGGCCUUCCCGCCCGCGGAAAGACACACAUCUGUGUCUCAAUGGCUCGCUAUCUUUCGUGGCUUGGUGUCAAGACUCGCAUCUUCCAUCUGGGCGACUAUCGCCGCGCCACAGUCGAGGGCGGUCUCGUUCCUGAGGACUACUUCUUCCCUAACGCGUCCCCGGCCUCCCUGAUGCUCCGCCAAAAAAUUCUUAAAAAGUGCAGAGAGGACAUCUACGCCUGGCUGAACCACGAGAACGGGCAGGUCGCCAUCUACGAUGCUGUCAACCCCACUGCGAGCGGCCGCCGAGCUCUAGCAAAGGAAUUCGCCAAGCAUGAUGUUCAGACACUCUUCAUCGAAUCCUACGUCGACGAUCAGGAAAUCCUCCAAGAGAAUGCGCGCAAUGUCAAGAUCUCGUCCCCUGACUUCCACGGCAUGGAUCCCGAUGAGGCGGCCAGACACUACCUCAGGCGGAUCGAGACCAAGAUUCCGGUGUUCGAAACGAUGAACGAAGAUGAGCUCAACUACGUCAAGAUGAUCAAUGCUGGACAGGCGUUCUUCUAUAACAAUGUCAGCUUCAACUACCUGUCUCACAGAAUCGUCUUUUACUUGACCAACCUGCACAUCAAGUUUCGUACGACCUUCUUUGUCCGCGCCGGCCCCGCGACCGACGAGGACUCGUACAAGGCGGAUGCUCCGCUCUCGGAGGAAGGCAUAAUUUAUGCGGAGAAAAUGACAGAGACACUCCUCCGACACCGAGAGCAGGAGCGCCAGGCGGCCAUCGAUCGGGGCGAACCCGAUGUGCCGUUGCGGCCGCUGACGGUGUGGACAUCCACGCGACACCGUACUAUGCAAACUGCCGAACCGUUGCGCCAGAGGGGUUACAAGGUUCGGCCGCGAUCUCAGAUGAGCCAGAUCAACCCUGGCGUUUGCGAAAAACUGUCAGAGCGCGAAAUUCGCCUCAAGUACCCUGAGGAGGUAGAGAAACACGAACUGGAUCCUUAUCACCAUCGGUAUCCGCGCGCGGAGUCAUACCACGACCUUGCAGUCAGGCUAGAGCCUAUCAUUCUAGAGCUGGAGCGCGAGCAGAACGACCUCUUGAUCAUUGCGCACGAGAGCGUCUUGCGCGUCUUGUACGCGUAUCUGAUGCAUUGCAGUACCAUGGACAUUCCCAAGCUGAAAUUCCCGCGAGACGAGAUCAUUGAGAUCAUUCCGGCGGCCUAUCAGAAUGAGGCUAAACGCAUUCACAUUCCUGGUCUCGAUCCGAAGACAAUUCCCGGGUCGCCGGAGGAUAUCCGAAUCCCCGUGCCCAACGACACUAGCACUCAGCUCCCGCCAAUCCCGGGCAUGAGCAAUUCAGAGUCUGCCGAAGCCGCUGCCGCGCGUCCCCCUGAAAAAAUUGUCAACAACGCGAAAGAGAUGGUGUCUGACAAAGUGGCUGAUGAGGAUUGAGGGAAGUUGAUUAAGUUAGUAUGAUGAGAAUGGGCAACCUAGGAAGAGCAUUGCAACAAAGUUAGCAAGGUCGCGUUUCGCGGUCUCACUGCGUCGCGGUCUCGCUGCGGUGCAGUCAACGGAAGCACAAGUUUCCCGAGGUCCUGCCCGUGAUGCUCUCCGUAGGCCACUCCUAU